AUGGGCGGUUCAUCCACUUCCAACGUCGCUUCCCGCAUCAAGCACACCUACCACAUUGGCGAAUGGGGCAACCCCUACGAGGGCGGAGGCCAGCCAGGCAAGGGCGUCGUUACCUAUGGCAUUAGCCCGAACCGCGUGAGGCCGAUGGCUGGCGUUUUCCCAAAAGGUUUCUUCAACAUGGUGCGGAGGGUCAGGAACCAGUUCCUCUACGUCGUGCCUCCCUUCAUCGUCGCGUACAGCGCCAUGCAGUGGGCAAUUGAGAGGAACGAAUACCUCAACUCAAAGGCUGGCCGUGCAGAGUUUGCCGAGGAGGAGUAA